AUGUUGAUCCACCUCACUGAAUCCAUCGAGAGAAGAGCACACGAGGACGCAAUCGACAUUGGCAUUCGCUUAGACACACAGAAAAGUUGUCGUUCUUCUCUGUGCAUCAAUAUGUUCGCCGAUUUUCCUGACACACGUGACAGUGACGCGAGCAUCGUUGCUAGUUACAGUGGUGCCACUGCGCCUACGUGGUCGUGGACGUACUCGGACAAGAACGCCCUUGGCUGUGAUGACACAGACGCCAACCUGCCGGCCCCCGAGGAGGCGGAUGUUAAGGCGCUGCUGAAGCUGCUCUCCACCAAGUACGAUGUCGCUGACCCGACCGUCGCCGAGGUGCCCGCGUCGGAGCGUUCUGUCACUCCUACUACCCUCGGCACCGCCGAAAAGACGGAGGGCUAUCUCGCGGGCAACGAUUCUCUGAACCUCAGCGAGGACCUCUUGCGAGUGCUACGCCACAAGGGAAACGCUGACACUAUGACGGAGUGGGAGUCGCCUACAUGCUUGGUAAACGCCUUCCCCAUAUCCGAAAGUGAGUACCCGUACGACGCGUCCUCGACAAAUGCGCAGACGAGAAGCAGUGACAGCAGCAGCGGCAGCAUUGGCCCCAACCCUCGUUGCGCCACCCCAUCCAACUCAUCUUGCGACAAGCAAGGCGUCAUGAGCGAACCCACAACCCCGCACGUUGGCCGCCACACCACCGUUUCUCACACGUUCGAAAAGAUUGGCAGUGGUCUUGCCACGGAAAAUUUCAACGUUCUCACGCCUGACAAGCACAUGAUGCUCUCCAUCCCGGCCGAGUACAUCCAGACCACGCUCGGCAGCCGUAACUACCUCCACCGCAACCACGACAAGCUCGUUUUCUCUUCCUGUCUGUGUAAGAUGUUCUGCAGUGGCGCGACAUGUUGUCACGGGUCGGAGUGUGACUUUAUCCACUGCAGGCCGGACGAUCUGAGCCUCGUGCCGGACGCUGCUUUGCCCAAAGAUACGGAGGGACACGGAACGGCAGUGGUGCACUCCUUCCAGGUACACUGGUCUACCCCGGUCGCCUCACUUCUGGAGGCGGCCUACCCGCGUCUGCCCAGCGGCUACGUCGUCUACGUGAAAGGAGAGGGCAACGCCCGCGGUGGCACGUCGCACAAUGCAACGCAGGCGCUCCCCUCCGAGAUGGUGUACGCGACCGUCGGAGGACAGGAGGCGCUGCGGCUACCAUCCUCUUCGCCACUGCGCAUCUGUAAGCACUUCGAACGCGAAAAGUGCGCUCGCGGCGCACUGUGCCACUUCAUUCACCCUGUUGUGCUGAUGAUGCAAAUCGUGAGGGAGCCGGUGCUUCAGCCAGAAACCGUUGAUCUGACGCAUUGCAAGCGCGACGCAGUACCAAGCAUGAGGCCCAGCGGCCACGACACCACCACUUUUUCUCGACCGCCGCUGCAGACGGCAACAGAUUGCGCUCCUCAGCACCUGCUGACUCCAGUGUGUUACACCGCCGCCGCUGACGUUCCCCCCUUCACUGGCGCCACUCCUCAGCCCCUGCAGCAGCAGAUGCACGGACAGCCGACUGCCACCGCCAACCAGAGGCUUCUGAUCCUGACUACUACACAGCCGCCGCCUGGCGCGCUGGUUCGCUACGAGGGUGUGAUGUACAUGUGGGGUCAGGAGCGAAAGCACCUGGUCCCUCUGCAGGCCACCAAAGCCAGCAACUACCUCGGAUCACCUGAUCAGACCUUGGUGACGCCACUGGGCGUUGAUUACAGCCAGUCUGUAAGCGGGUUGAUGGGUUCGCCGCUUGGGUACCAGAUGCCUGUAAACGCCAUGCUGACCCAGUCUUCUAGCUUCUUUGCCUCUUCUCCGGCCAUCAACGGGAUCCUCGACAGCAACUCUGUGUUGGCGCAGGGCUUCCUACGUUAG